AUGCCUUCAGCUGGGGGGGGUACCCCGUCGAAUUCAGCAGCAGCAGCAGCAGCAGCAGCAGCAGAACUGCUGCAGCUCGAGCAGCAACGACUCAUCUGUCUGCAGCAAGCUGCUGAGGAUGAAGCUAAAGAUUCGGGAGAAGAAGCAGAAGCAGCAGCAGCUGCUGCUGCUGCAGAAGCUUCCGAGUUGCUGCAGCUGCUGCAGCAGAAGGAAGAGCAGCUGCUGCUGCAGUCUCGCGAACUCGAGCAACUAAGGGAAGACUUUGAUGAGCUGAGUGAAGACUACGAGCGCAGCCAGCGUGAGCAUGAGGAGCAGCAGAAGCAGCAACAGCAGCAGCAGCAGGAGCUGCAGCAGCAGCAGCACGAGUUGCAGCAGCACCAGGCAGCCCUGCAGCAGCAGCAGCAGCUAUUUGAGAUACGGCAGGAGGCGGUGCAGCAGGAGCUGCAGCAGCAGCAGCAGCAGCUAAGAGAUGAGGCAAAGGCAGUAACAAAAUUGAAGGCUGAGCUGCAGCAGAAGCAGCAGCAGCUACAGAAGCAGGAGCAGCAGCAGCAGCAUGACAAGGAACAGCAGCAGCAGCAGCAGCAGCACUUGCAACAUAUGAGGGAGGAACUUAGUACUAAACAGCAGCAACUCGCAGAGAAGGAGCAGCAGCAACAGCAGCAGCAGCAGCAGCAGCUCCAAGAGUUAGCAGCACAGAAGGCAGAUCUGCAGCAGCUAGAGCAGCUGCUGCGCGAGCGGGAGGUUUUGCUGCAGCAGCAGCAGCUGCUGCUGCAGCAGCAGCACAUAGAUCUGCAGCAGAAGCAGCAAGAACUAAAGGAGAAGCAAGACAGAGCAGCAGCAAAAGACAAUCAAUUAUCUAAGGAUGCAUGCGAUACAAUGUACAAGUUGCUGCUGCUGCUGCAGCAGGCUACUGGCUCCACCAAGGACCCGCAGCAGCAGCAGCAGCAGCAGAAGCAGCAGAAGCAGCAGCAGCAGUGCAUGCAGGAAGGAGGCACCGGCAGCCCCUCUCAGGUACUGGAGGCUGAUGAAGAACAGCAAAAGCAACAGCAACAGCAACAGCAGCAGCAGCAGGAGCAGCAGGAGCAGCAGCAGCAACACAAGCAGCUACUCUUCCUGGCGCAGCAACUGCAGCAGCAACGAGAUGAUGCCCAGGUGCGCUGCAGCAAGCUGCAGCAGCAGAUGCAGCAGCUGCAACAGCAAACGCAGCAACUGAAGGAAACUACAGAAGCAGGGAAGCAGCAGAAGAGGCAGCUGCAGCAGCAGGUGCAGCGCCUGGAGGAGGAGCAGCAGCAGCUGCUGCAGCAGCAGCAGGUGCUGCAGCAGCAGCGAACAAAGAGGCUGCAGUUUGCUGCAGCACGUAAGGAAAAGCUGCUGCUGCUUAUGCAGGGAUUAAGAACAGACUUGCAUGCAGCAGCAAAGCAGCAGCAGCUGCUGCAGCAAGAGCAGCAAGAGAUCACGAAGUGUAUCACCGAGCAGCAGAAGCAACAGCAGCAGCAGCAACAGCAGCAGCAGCAGCGGCAGAAGCAGCUGUACGAGGAGCUUACUAAGACAAGGCGAAGGCUUGAGGAGCUGCAGCAGCAGCUAGCAGCAAAGGAUGCGCUGCUGCAGCAGCAGCAGCAGCAAUCGCAGCAAGGCAGCGAGGAGCUGCAGCAACUGCAGCAGCAGCAGCAAAGGCUUAAAGCUGAGUUGGCAGAUGCUGAGCAGCAGAGAAAUGAGCUGCAGCAGCAGCUGCUGCAGCAGCAACUGCAGCAGCAGCAGCAGAUCAAGGCUCAAGAAGAGGGAAUAGAGAGGGAGCAGCAGCAACAGCUGCAGCUGCUGCAGCAGCUGCAGCAGCAGCAGCAGCAGCUAAAAGCACAACUCUUGGCGUCAACAGAGCAGUGCGACAAGCUAAGGCAGCAAUUGCAGCAGCAGCAGCAGCAACAGCAGCAGAUGCUGCAGCAACAUGAGGCACAGCAGCAGCAACAGAAGCAGCAGGAGCUGCUGCUGCAGCAGGAACUGCGUUCCUUGCAAAUGCAACUUACGCAGCAGCAGAAACAGCAGCAGCAACAGCAGCAAGAGCAGCAACAACAACAACAGCAGCAGCAACAGCAGCAGCAGCAGCUGGGGGAUGAGCUGCACAGCAGCAAGCAGCAAUGCCAAGACUUGCAGCAGCAAUUGAGCUCAACAAAGCAGCAACUGUUGCUGCUGCAGCAACAACAGCAGCAGCAGCAACAGCAGCAACAGAAGCAGCACGAGCAGCAGCAAAAGAAGCAGCAGCAGCUGCAGGACGAACUACUGCGGUGUAUUGCUGAGAGGGAGGAGCUGCAGCAAAAACUUAGCAGCAAGAGCAGCAAGCUGCAGCAGCUGCAGCAGCAAAAUAAGCAGCAGCAGCAAACCCUUGCAGAUGUGCAGAGCCAACUGCAGGUGCUGCAGAAGCAGCAGCAAGAGCAACAGCAGCAGCAGCAAAAGGAACAGCAGCAGCAGCAACAUCAGCAGCAGCAACAGCAGCAGCAGCAGCAGCAUGACAUGCAGCAGCAAGAGAAUGAGUCCGAGCUGCAGAAAGAUCAUGCAUUGCUGCAGCAGCAGCAGCAGCAGCAGCAGAAGCAGCAGCUGCAGCAGCAGCUGCAGCGGGGUGGAGCAGCGGCGGCAGCAGCAAUUGCAGCAGCAGAAGUUGCAGAGGAAGCAUAG